CGACCGCUGGACACUUGGGAAUAGCAGAAACGAAAUUUCGCAUAGCCCGCAGCUACUAUUGGCCAGGAAUGUUCCGAGAAAUUGCCCAAUAUGUCCGAAAAUGUAGCAAGUGUCACCGAUACAAGGUUCCACAGCAGAAAUCGGCAAGGAAUCAUUCCUAUGUGGUGGAAGAACCUUGUGGAAAUGACAGAUUCUCCAAACGGAUGGAAUUUAGGCCCAUGAGAACAACUGUCCAAAGAGGUGUGUACCAGGUUUCCAAGGAAGAUGGAGUGAAUUCCCCAAAGCAGGAGUCAAUCGGAGACCCCAGAGCAUUCUUGAACUUUGAUAGGGAAAUGCGUUCACCGAACGCCACAUUUUCAACCGAGAGUGCUAACAAGAAGGGAAAGGAUCGCACCAAACCGGAUACCGAACCGCAAGUUGAUUACCAUGUCGUAGACGACAAGUGAAACAACUUUAACG